AUGAGCUCGUCAUCAAGACAACUUCUAAGCUCACCAAGACAGCUUCCGAGCUCAUCCUCAAAGCAGCUUCCUGAGCUACUCAACACGUCAUUAAGACAGCUUCCAAGCUCGCCAAGUCAGCUUCCGAGCUCAUCAUCAAGACAGCUUCCAAGCUCAUCAUCAAGAUAG